CCGCAAUCCCCUUCUCAAAUCCUAUAAAUAUCCGCACGGAACCGAACUUUUCGCCUCAUUUCCCCCCUCCCCACUCUCUCCUCUCCCCUCUUCGUCUUCUUCUUUCCCCUCUGCCCUGUCCCUCUAUCGCGCUCUCAAACCCUAAACCUAGCGAGAGUGGCCCAAGCGAAAGCUCGGAUCCGAUCUCCAAUGGCGUCGCGCGAGAGAUUAGUCUACAUCGCCAAGCUCGCGGAGAAAUCCGGGCGCCACGACGAUGUGGUCGAGGCGAUGAAGAAUGUGGUGAAGCUCAGCCCGGAGCUCACGGUGGAGGAGAGGAACCUGCUCUCCCUUGGAUACAAGAACGCGCUCGGAUCGCGGAGAGCGUCGUGGAGGAUCCUCUCCUUGACCGAGCAAACAGAGGAGGCGAAGGGGAACGAGCAGCAAGUGAAAAGGAUCAGAGAUUUUAGGCAGAGAGUGGAAUCAGAUAUCUCCAGGCUCUGUAAUGAUGCUUUGACUAUAGUAGAUGAGCAUAUUCUCCCAUCUUCUUCGGGCGCGGAGUCCUCAGUGUUCUAUCACAAAUUGAAGGGAGAUUACUAUCGCUACUUGGCGGAGUUCAAAAUUGGGGACGAGAGGAGAGAGGCUGCUUCUCAGUCUCUUCAAGCUUAUCAGACUGCUACUACUACAGCAGAGGAAGAUCUCCUUCCCGCAGACCCAAUUCGAAUGGGGCUGGCACUAAACUUCUCUGUUUUCCAUUAUGAGAUUAUGAAGUCACCAGAAAGGGCCCGCCUUCUUGCCAAGCAUACAUUUGACCAAGGUUUUUCUGGGCUUGAAACUCUAAAUAAGGAAUCUAACAGUGAUAGCAAAUUGAUCUUGCAACUUUUGAGGGAUAAUUAUGAGUUGUGGACCUCUGAACACUCUGACGACGGAGGAGAUAACCGGGAGAGAACAGUAAAAAUUAACGGAAUUCAAGCCGCUUAGCUUACUCUAUUACCAAAUUGAAGGGAAGAUUUAUGUCAAUCCUCACUUUUAUAUAUUAUUAUUUCUCCAUCCUUUGACUUUUUCUUUCAUUGCUAUUUGCAGUGACUAAAUUUGAAGCAGGGAGCAGCUAUGGGACCCCUGCAGCAAGGGCAGGAAUGCUAAAGAUGCUCAUAUGCUGGUUUUACCUUCAGGUUUCUUCAAUAAAAAUUUAGAAAGAAUUCCUGUUUAUUGAUCAUCAAAUCAAAAUUUUCCAUCCCUUCACCUAGCUUAAUUCUAUUAUUUUUAAAUUUUUACGGAGCUCUUCAUUUUGAAUAUUGAGUUCGACAGCAAUCCUUGGGAAAGGUGUAAUUUUUGUACUGCCUUUUUAAAUAUCACCAUUUUUGAUA